AUGAUUGUAUUGAAUGGAAUUUCUGAGGAGCAAAAGAAACUUGCGGUGGUUGGGGUUGUUGCAGCCUUUUUUUCCUCUGCGGUUACCGCGGCGGUGGUGCGUGUGCUUUCGAGGCAGCCCUUGAAGGCUGUGGAGGAACCCCCACCUGUCGUAAAAGUGGCGACGGAGAAGAAUAAAUGUGCCAGCGAGGCCAGAGAGGAAAAGAAGGAAGGUAGUGGAAUGUAUAAAAGCGAGUUGUGCGCUCGUCAGUACAUGGAAUUCCAUUACACCCCUUCUCGUACCAGCUAUGCGCAACGACUUCGGACUAUUAGCGAGAGUUUUGACUUCCCACAGAGGAUUGCGCAGAAAUUUAAGGACUUUUUUCCAGAGGCGAAGAAUGAGCAGACACGUGCGUUGGAAAUUGGGUGUGCUACGGGUGCCUCUGUAUUGGAGAUGAGCAAAUAUUUUGACAGCGUUAUCGGUGUUGACUACUCGGAGAUUUUCAUUCAUUUUGCGCAGGAAGUUUUGAGGGAGAAUUCUGUGCCUCAUGUUACUCGGGUAUCAUUUGGGGCGGUGGAUCAGGGCGACAUCGAAGUCACGCGACAUGUGCGUCUUUCACACGGACUUUUUCCGAAGCGAUGUCAGUUUUUUUGGGGUGAUGCGAUGAAUCUUUUGGGAGGAGGAGGAGGCGCGAAGGCAAAUUUGGUGGGAAGACAUUCCAGUCGUUAUGACGAUGUUUCAUGGUAUCAGGUGCCUGCGGGAGAGCUCUUUGAUGGGGUGCUUGUGUCCAACAUCCUCUGCCGUGUGCAGGACCCACGCAAGCUGCUGGACACACUCCCCCGGCUGCUCCGCAAAGGCGGCAUCCUUGUGCUUGCCUCCCCGUACUCGUGGAGUGAUGGGAUAACACCGAAGAGCAAAUGGAUUGGUGGGUUGCCUGACGGGCCGCGGUCGGAGGAUGUUGUGAAGGAGAUACUUAUGAAAAAUUUUGAACUUCUAAAUGAGACAGAUGAGGCGUUUUUGAUUCGUGACCACGUACGUCGUUAUCAGUUGGGGUUUUCGCACUGUACGGUGUGGCGGCGCAGCUGA